CAAAUGGCGACAAUAACCACUUCCAUGGUUCUUCAUACCCACACAUGAUAGAAGCCCACCAAACUCGUUCCUUUGCCAACAGAGACUGGAAUAGCAUCCUACAACGUCCGAAAGAAUAGAAAAUUGUCCCUUUUCAACUAUUAUUUUUAUGUUUAACAGUCAUGAACGUUUCAUGGAGAAGCCAUUUAACAGUGCGAACCUUGUACCUGCUGUUCCUGGGUCAGGUGGUCUCCUUUGCACUCGCACUAUCAAGCUUCACUUCCUCUCUCAUUGCUGAUCUCGGGGUCGAUGCGCCUCUUACUCAGAUGCUGUUCGUUUACUUGGGCUUAGCUUUGGUAUAUGGGAGCAUCAUGCUGUGCAGACGUCGUAGACUACUGGUUCCUUGGUACUGGUAUCUCAUCCUGGGUUGUGUUGAUGUUCAAGGAAAUUAUCUAGUUAACAAGGCGUACCAGUACUCAUCGAUCACCAGCGUAACGCUGUUAGAUUGUUGGACGAUAGCGUGGGUCAUAGUAUUGACUUGGAUCUUCCUCGGCACUCGCUACUCGCUAUGGCAGUUAUUUGGGGCGGCUCUCUCUGUUCUAGGCCUCGGAUUGGUGAUGCUCUCCGAUGCUGGGGCGGGCGGAGGAGGUGGUUCAAAACCGCUACUGGGAGAUGUUCUCGUCAUUGCCGGGACGGUUUUCUUUGCCAUCAGCAAUGUUGCGGAGGAAUUUUGCGUAAAGAAAAAGGACCGUGUUGAGGUACUCGCCAUGCUCGGUCUAUUCGGGGCUCUAGUCAGCGUGAUUGAAAUAUCUAUCAUAGAGAGGGAGAGUGCCGAAUCCAUCCAGUGGUCGACAGACAUAAUAUUGGCUUUUGUUGGUUUCACGGCGUCAUGCUUCAUGUUCUAUUCUCUGGUUCCUUUUGUUCUAAAGAUGAGUGGAGCGACGAUGUUCAACCUCUCAGCACUCACAUCUGAUAUGUGGGCAGUAGUUGUUCGCAUUUUCCUAUACCGCCAGGAGGUUGACUGGCUGUACUAUCUCGCCUUCUCUGUCGUCAUAAUUGGAGUGGUUAUAUAUUCGGUAAUUGAGAAAGACCCUGAUGGUGCUCCGGCUGUGGAUGACGGAAACCCCACUUGCUACCAAGUGCUAAAUGACGAAAGCGCGGUGGACCUGGACGAGCCUUCACAUUUGUGAACAAUGUUGCGGCUUCCGGCCUUACCGUGAAGUUGCUUGGAUCGACUCGUCAAUGCCUGGAAACAUAAGCACAUUGGUCUCACAUAUUCUCCAGUCUCGAAGUUCUGAGACAAUCCAAACCGUAAGUUACCUGUUGCGAUAAUGCCGCCGAAAUCACGGGGGCUGGUGAAAUCGAAACCGUAGGUCACAUAGAGUGCUGCGAGCCGAAUUACGAGGUCUGUUGUAGUUACACUGAUAUGUCCCUAAAUUUCCUCGGUAAUUCAUGCGUCAUGUGUCAUGCGUCAUGCCAUGGAUCUUGAAAAGGAGAAAUAACUCCUCGACUAGUUCUUUCUUUCCAUUGUCUAGGCAAUGUAGACGUAAUUUACUUCUGUGGGCUUUCCAGAUUUCCCACUGCACGAUAAUCGGCUUUUAA